AUUCCCUCGAAACAUCCCUUUUACUUUCUAACUUCUGGGCAAAGCUUUCUUUGCUUUGAGUCAUCAAACACACUUCAGUUGUCAGUGUCAUCCCACUUCACUGCAACCAGUACAUAUAUUAUUCUUGUUCAUAUUAUCCCCUCACAAUAAUGCCAUACACUGCUUCAUCCAUGACCACCACCAUGGCGCAUCGACGAGUGUCGCUGUCAAAACCUGCUCAUGUCAAUAACGACGUUGAAGCCAAGGAACCCGAUAUGGACUCUGUUACACCAGCGCCAAUGGCAAAUAUAGCCUCCAUGCGGUUGCAACUCACUACGCCGCCUACAUCCUUACGACCCGCUAUGAAGCAGAGAACUCAAUCUGCCCCCCACCCUAAAUUCGUUCGCUUUGAUCAAAAGCUAGAGCAUGUUCGUUUGUUCCUCAAAGCUCAAACCCCAUCGGCUGUCAAGGCAGACCCUAUCUUGGACCUUGAAGAUGAUCAAACCAAUGGCGUUCAAUUGCGGUAUCCUAACUGGCCUACCAAAAUCCACGGUGCAAACGAUAUGAUUUCCAUUGAAUCCAUUGUCUUGGCUUCAGACCAAAAAUCGCUGGUCGGUAAAUGCAAGGUGAACAACAUCGCCUUCAACAAACAAGUCACUGUCCGAUAUACCUUUAAUUACUGGCAAGACGUUACUGAAGUUCAAGCUGCUUAUCGUGAAUCCAUCGGUCGGGAGUCUAGCAACACAGAUCGUUUCAUGUUCAACAUUCCUCUAAACGACCGAAUGGAAAAAUCUGGCCAGGAAACCAUGUAUUUUUGUCUAAAGUAUACCGUCAACGGUACAGAUUACUGGGAUAGCAACGAUGGUCUCAACUAUCAACUUGAGCUCUCCAAGGGAACAGCUGCCAAGGCCGUAUCCAUGGAUGAUCUGGAUGGUGACAUUGUCCCCAAGACUAAGUUCGGCAAGCGAGCCCCGGCUUUGUCCUCCUCGCCUACCUACGAUUUCCCAUCCAAGCCAUCCCAAAAGAAACCUCUUGGUUCCAGAUAUGACUUCAGUGCCUCCCUUUCAGCCGCAGCUCAAACCCCAACUGUUCGCACGUUCCGACCCUCACCUCCCAGUCGCAUCCAAAGUUUCCCAUCUUACUUCUGCGCUACUGAAGAACCCACUCAACGCAUUCCUCCUCCCGCUUCCAUGGCAUAUAACACUGGUUUCUCUACCUUGAAGCAGGAAGGUUUUGUUACCAACAAAUCCCCAACAUCCACUCAAACCGUUUCCAAUCCUAUUCCCAUUCAUGCACGUCCCGCGGCCAAUUCACCUUCCUACUUUGAUUUGGUGAACAAAUAUUGUUUCUAUGGCUCCGAUAGCCCUCUCAGCCGCUCUCCCAACUCUACACCCGUCAUCCCUUGCUAAGAAUCUUUUUUUUUCACUUUGAUUCAACUUACACUACUCUUACUUUGUGACCUCAACUUGACCUGCGUGCGUGCCAUCCAUUAUCCGCCUGCUCUUGAUGAGGUUUCUGUACAUAAUCAUUGCAUUUUGUAAUUUGCUUUUGUUUCCAUUACGCUUUCUGUUUGUUCCCUGCUUUUUUUUUUUUUUUUUUAAACGAACCACAAAUCCCUAAAUCUCUCUUGCAUCCCCCAUUCUUAACUUUGUAAAACCAAUGAAAGAAAAAAAGUAUUUCCUCAAUAUAUUCCGUUUUCCAAUCGUA